AUGGACAAGGAAAGUAACAAGCUUAUGGAGAGGAUAUUAAACCUCACUCUUGAAAUCAUCUACCUAAUGACCGGAGAGGAUUACAUUCUAGUGAAGAAGACAGCUUGUGAAUAUAUGACACCCAGUAGUCAUCCCUGUAUGUCAGGAAGAUGUAGUAGGAGCGAACACCGCAUCAUGGAGCCUUUACAUCAGUCUCUGAUACCGAAGAUAACCAAUGACGCAAAGAUUCUGGAAGUUACCCAGAAGAUCAUUGAGCUGCUGACGGGAGAGGUUCCUAUAAGGUGUCAGGAGGUCACUGUCUAUUUCUCCAUGGAGGAGUGGGAGUAUAUAGAAGGACACAAGGAUCUCUACAAGGACGCCAUGAUGGAGAACCGGCCGCCCCUCACAUCACCAGGUACAACCUUCCCGUGUUCUGAGGGUGGCGAAUGUUUUACCCAAGAAGAGGACCUCACCUUACACCAGGGAAGCCACCAAGGGGAGAAGCCAUAUUCAUGUCACGAAUGUGGCAAAUGCUUUACCCGGAAAAGAAAUCUAAUUUCACAUCUAAAUUCUCACACGGGGGACAAUCAAUUUUCCUGUGCGGAAUGCGGGAAAUGUUUCCCUCAGAGGGCCAGACUUUUUAUACACCAGAGGACUCACACGGGGGUGAAACCUUACUCGUGUUCGGAAUGUGGGAAAUGUUUCAUCCAGCGAGUCCGGCUCCGAUCGCACGAAAGAACUCACACGGGGAUGAAGCCGUUCUUUUGUGCCGAAUGUGGGAAAUGUUUCGCCGAACGGUCAAAUCUGAACGCCCAUCAGAGCUGUCAUGCUGGGGUGAAGCCGUAUUCAUGCUCUGCAUGCGGGAAGAGUUUCCACCAGAGGCGAUAUCUUAUUUCCCACGAGAGGACUCACACAGGAGAGAAACCGUUUUCCUGCACUGAAUGCGGGAGAUGUUUUGCUGACAGAUCAACUCUAGCCAGACACCAGAGGACUCAUUCAGGGGAGAAGCCGUUUUCUUGUGCCGUGUGCGGGAAACGUUUCACUCAGAAAUCAAAUCUUAUUACGCACGAAAAAGUUCACACGGGGGAGAAGCCGUAUUCAUGUUCCGAAUGUGGGAAAUGUUUUUCUCGAAAAUCCUAUCUUAUCAGCCACGAAAAGACUCAUAGAGGGGCGAAGUCCUAG